GACAAAAUUGUUGUGCAUCAGUGUUAACUCCAGACUGUGGCGCUUGUGGUGCCUUGUUGUUCUCCUUCCUUGUGAGUAUCUGCUCGGCAGCACCAGCUUUUUAAGACGGGUGAUGGCUUGUGAUGGCGCUAACGCUGCGGGGAUCGGUGCGUGGAGUGCAACUGCUCAUUGUUUAGCAUUACGUUAACGAUUGGGCAUCACAAAUUUCCCACCAUUAAGCACUUCAGCUGCAUUUACCCCAAACCACUCAGGUAUGGUACAUGUGCAGUGAUUCUUCAGACUUUGCUUUCUGGAGAAGCGUAGCCAAGGGGUGAUGGUGGUCUGCUGGAGACUUUGAACACCCACGCUUGCCUUUUGAACUUUGUAUUUCUGGAGUGAGAUCCUCGGGUAACUUGCAGGGGCAAUCCUGUUCCCAGUUAGAGGCUGAACCACCACGUAUGUGGUCCUCUUGCCCUGGGGCACUGGUGCAUGGGUGCACUGUGUGCAUCUACCUUGGGUAGUGAAGCUUGUGCUGCUUAGGCACACGUGGACCUUUACCAUUGAUGCCCAUCAGAGAGGUGAGCACAGUAAACUUGUACUAGUGUGGAGCAAGAAGUCAGUAAAAGAGCUAAAAUCCAGUGUUGUGCUGCCUUGAGCGAAACAAAUGGAGUUAAUGGCUCUUCCCACAUUGUGCCAGUAAAACCAUCUUGUCUUGACUUGUAGUUGAGCGUUGACUGGUUUAGUUUGAGGGUGUCUGUAGGAGGACAGACAGGAGCCUGGUUUGUGUGUGGAGGGGUAAACCUUAACAUGUUGUCCAGUGCAGAUGCCAGGAGGCUGAAAUUUGAAAGAGGGAUCUCCACCAGAAAAGGCUGGAAAAGGACAGCUGAAGGUGGAGAAGGACCUGGCAAUUGUCUGAGUCCUGGACAAACAGAAAUGAAGAUCUUUGCCAGGAGAGUGGACUUUGCUGUUGCUGAUAUCCAUCUCAAUUUAGCUUUUAGUCCUUCCAGGUGGGCAAAGUUUUAAGACCCUUAAAAUACAGACAGGAGGUUUUUGAGCAGCACAAGCCAAGCAAGGGCAAUGAUCCCUUUGCUUUUCUGUACUCUGAAAAGAGCAAUUAACCCCCAUCAACCUCUCCCCUCCUGCUUUUAUUCAGGGGGCAGCUCCAUGUAUUGCCCAUUGGCUUAUCUUCUGGUGCUGGAGUAUGAGAGUGCUCCCGAAGAGAAGCCACCAUGAGUCCCUGUUUUGGCAAUGUUUCCCAUCCAAUUCAGCGGAUAUUGGCAGCAAAUAUUUGCUGGAAAGAUUUAUGGCUUCUUUUUGACCAUUUGAUAAGGACUCCUUCCACAGCCAGCAACCAAAACAGAGAAGAACCCUUUGUGUCAUGCAGCAUGGUGUUCCCAUGCAUCUCCCCUGUAACUUGGCCCAGGGGGUAAGGUUUUCCCAAUCUUGUGCCAGAGCUCUUCUGCUUUGCACGUGCUGCUUGGCUCUUCCUCAGAGCGGUGCUUUCCCCAUGCUCUCCCGCAUCCCAGUUCUUCUAGUAGAGUUUGGAAAUCCUGGGGACUGAUCUUCCAUGGGGAUUAAGAGUUACGGCCAGAUGGGAAGCAGCAGCCAUCCCACAGGCUGGUCAAGCUGUGAUGAAGCAAAGAGGAGGGAAAAAGUCCUGUUCCCAAAUUCAUCAUGCACCAGAGCUGAUCAGUGCAAUCCUGGAAAGGUUAUUUUAGAGAGUGCUUGACUCACAGGGCUAUAACAGCAAUAAUUUUCAAGCUGAACUUUUCAGCUGGGAGGCGUUCCUCUAGACGCUGGGACACGCAAGGGUUCUCAGUGCCCCCACCAUGUGCGGGAAGAGGUCCAAGUGCUCCUUCUCCCGCCUGGAGGUGAUCCUCAUCGUUUGCCUGGUGUUGAUGAUAGUGGUGACCGUGGUGCUCCUCGUCCUCCACUUUGCCACCAAAGAGAGCAAGGAUCCCAGUGAAGUAACAGCAAACUACUUACUGGGCAUGGGUCGAGCUGACUGCACGGGACCUGUGGCAGAAGUUCCUCUGAUGGGAUAUGCCAACCCGGAGCAGGUGGGCAGCGGGCUUCUCAUGCGCCUCUACAGUCGAGCCUUCAUCGUGGCAGACCUUGAUGACUCCAGGCGAGUAGUGUUUGUCAGCGCUGACAUAGGAAUGGUGUCUCAGAGACUGAGGCUGGAGGUGCUCAAGAAACUGAAGAGCAAAUACGGCGAGCUGUACCGACAGGACAACGUCAUCCUCAGCGGCACCCACACGCACUCAGGGCCUGGUGGCUACUUCCAGUACACCCUCUUCUGGAUCACUAGCAAAGGGCUAAUCAGACCAUCCCUCAACGCUAUCGUGAAUGGCAUCGUAAAGAGCAUUGAUAUAGCGCAUCAGAACAUGAAGAGAGGAAGGCUUUUUAUAAACAGAGGCACUGUAGAAAACAGCCAGAUCAACCGAAGCCCUUUCUCCUAUCUUGAGAAUCCAGCAUCCGAACGAAGCAGGUAUUCAUCCAACACGGAUAAAGAAAUGGUGAUGCUCAAGAUGGUAGAUGAGAAUGGACAGGAGCUAGGCCUUAUCAGCUGGUUUGCUGUGCACCCAGUCAGCAUGAACAACACAAACCACCUUGUGAACAGCGACAACGUGGGCUAUGCGUCUUACUUGUUCGAACAGGAGAAGAACAAGGGGAUGCUUCCUGGAGAGGGCUCUUUUGUUGCCGCCUUUGCAUCCUCCAACUUGGGAGAUGUGUCGCCCAACACCAAAGGCCCGUUCUGCGUAAACACGGGGGAGUCAUGCAAUAACCCACAUAGCACCUGUCCCAUGGGAGGGGCAAAGAUGUGCAUGGCCAUGGGUCCUGGUAAUGACAUGUUUGACAGUACAAGAAUUAUAGGGCAAAAUAUCUACUUGAAAGCAAGGGACCUGUAUGAACAAGCUUACCAGGAGGUCACAGGACCCCUCAGCUCAGCUCACCAGUGGGUGAACAUGAGUGAUGUCUCGGUGAAGCUCAAUGCCACGCACACGGUUAAAACAUGUAAACCAGCCUUAGGACACAGCUUUGCUGCAGGGACUAUUGAUGGAGUGGGGGCUUUCAACUUCACACAAGGCUCAGUAGAAGGGAACCCAUUUUGGGAUGAAAUCCGGGACCAGCUGCUGGGAGAGCCCUCCAAUGAAACAAAAGCCUGCCACAAACCCAAGCCAAUACUCUUUAGCACCGGAGAGAUGACUCGACCUCACCCAUGGCACCCUGACAUCGUGGAUGUUCAGAUUGCUGCCAUUGGAUCACUGGCAAUCAUUGCUGUUCCUGGAGAGUUCACGACCAUGUCUGGACGCAGGCUACGGGAAGCUGUUAAAAGAGAAUUUGAUUCUCAUGGUACACCAAGAAUGGAUGUCAUAAUUGCAGGUCUGUGCAAUGUCUACACCCACUACAUUACCACCUAUGAAGAAUACCAGGUUCAACGAUAUGAGGCUGCAUCGACUAUUUAUGGGCCACACACCCUUUCUGCUUACAUUCAACUGUACAGAGGACUCGCAAGGGCUAUUGCUACGAAUACAGUUCAGGAUUUGCCACGUGGACCAGAGCCCCCAUUUUUAAAUAUAGGUAACAUGACCUUGCUGCCUCCUCUCACCGCCGAUCGCAUGCCGGCGAAUAAGACUUUUGGGGAUGUGCUACAAGAAGUGAGACAGCAGUAUCGAGCGACAGAAGUUGUUGAAGUAACUUUUGUAGGUGCGAACCCCAGGAACUCUGCAGAGAAUGUGACUGAACACAACUUCCUGACGGUGGAGAGACACACCAACACUUCAGACAGCUGGCACGUGGUAUGGAACGAUGCCUCCUGGGACACCAGGUUUUACUGGACCAAAGGAUCAUUUGGUCGGAGCAACGUGACUAUUGAAUGGCACAUCCCUUGUGACACAGAGCCAGGUGUCUACAGGAUACGGUACUUUGGGCACUACAAGAAAAAACUGUCUAACAAUCGCGCUGUCUUUAUUCCAUUUGAAGGCACAUCUUCAGUGUUUGAAAUCACAACUCUGUAGGUGAUCUCAUUCAUUAAAGGAAUUGUUUCCUUUGUGCAGUAGAUUUGGUAUCUGCGAUGUUCACAAUGCAUGCCUGGGAGUUUUUUUGUGGCAUACGUGACUCUAUACAUCAUUGCUGUCCCUCAAGUGCUGCUGGUCAUCCUUUGCUGUGCAAAGCUUGACUUCCUGCAAAGUUUUGACUUUUACCUGCAAUUCAGUCUCACUAGUCCAUCCAAUCUCAUUCAAGCAGUUCCCAUCCUGGCCAGAUCUUGUUGCAGUUGAUUCUUAUUGUAGUAAAAGAGGUAACUGUUUUUCUUUAGUCAUUAAACAAGUGCUUAUUGAUUGUGAAUAGGCUCUCUCAGAGAGAAUUAGUGCAUAUUGGGAGCUAAUCCAGAUCAUAAAAUAGUCCAUAAAAUUGAGCCAAGUCCAUAAAACUGGAAAGAGCUGCUGAAUGCACAAGUCAUCAGAAGAGAAGACUCCUCAAUCGUGCUUGAAGUGCAAAGCUGACCUCUUAGGAAGGUAAAGGGAUAAAUAGGAUACUCAUCAGAAAGGUUUGAAUAUUAUUUCCUUUAAUCAUUCUGGUUUAGG